ACCUACACUUAGCCCUUUUGAUUCUUUCUCAACUCCUUUAGUGCCAUACUGUACUAAAGGAGAAUGUUGGGAUUUCGUGUUCAUGAUCGUGUUUUCAGUUGUGUAUUCAUAUAUCUUCUGGUAUCGUCGUUCUGUAAUGCAGCAAGCGGGAACCAUGCAAAGCUCCAUGCUGUAGGAGGUAUUGUUGAUUACUCCUCUGUUACUGGCAAACAACAAAAAAUAGCCAUGGAGAUGGCUAUAGUAGAUUAUCAUGCUCAGGUGCGGCAAUUGCAUCCUCGCGUGGUCUUACAUGUUAUGGACUCCCGGAAGGAUCCUCUGAGAGCAGCUUCUUUGGCUAAGAAACUAAUCAAAAAGGAGAACGUAAGUGUGAUCAUAGGCUUGGAUAGAUAUGAUGAGGCUGUCAUUGUUGCUCAACUUGGGAACACAUCACAAGUUCCAGUUCUUUCAUUGGCCAGUGACGUCCCCUUUUCGGCCCCUAGCCUAUGGCCAUUUCUGGUAAAUAUGGCUCGCUCCCAACGCGCUCAGAUGAAAGCGGUGGCAGCCAUAGUUCAAAGCUGGCAAUGGCGAAAAGUAACUGUCAUUUAUGAAGAUACUCCAUCAAGUGUUAAUGGAAUCUUUCCCGACCUUAUUGAAGCGCUUCAAGAAGUGAACGCAGAUAUUGAUUAUUAUCUCCCUCUUCAAGCCUUUCCUUUAUAUUCCAUACAAGAAAAGUUGAGGGAUCUCCAAAGAAGACAGAGUAGAGUUUUUAUUGUCCACACUUCAAGUAGUCUCGCGAUCAAUAUUUUCCUGGAAGCCAAGCGAUUGAAAAUGAUGAAAAAAGAGUUUGUGUGGAUCACCACGGAUAGCAUCAGUAAUUUUAUUGAUUCUUUUAAUUCCUCGACAAUCUCUGCCAUGCAAGGUGUCCUGGGAGUAAAGGGUUUCUCUGCCUUUUAUGUUCAAAAGCGAUACAAGGAUUUCUCCAUGCGUUUCAAGGCUAAAUUUCGAUCAGAACACCCCACUCAGAAAUAUAUGCAGCCUGGAACUUUUGCUCUGAAUGCCUAUGAUGCUUUAUACACUGCUGUAUUAGCAAUUGAAGGGAAACAAAAUCCAAAAUCUCUUGCACAUAACUUAAUCAACCAUACUUCAGUGGAUGGGGAGAAAUUACUGGCAAGAAUUUUACAGAGUAAAUUUAUGGGAUUAAGUGGAGAGGUGAAUUUUAAAGGAGGAACUCUGGCUCCAUCAAAAAUUUUCCAGAUUGUUAAUGUCAUUGGUAAAAGUUAUCUACGGCUCGGAUAUUGGUCUGAAGGAUUAGGAUUCUCAAUGAACAUUAACAAUGGAACUAAGUACAGCAAGUCUAUGAAGAUAUUGGGGCAAGUAAAUUGGCCAGGACGUUCUUCGACAACUCCUAAAGGAUGGGCCAUUGCAACAAGCAGCAACAGACUAAGAAUAGGAGUACCUGGUCGCAACACUUUCAAAGAAUUCGUGAAUGUGACUUAUGCACAUCCCGGGAAGCCAAUUGUAGGAGGAUGGUCCAUUGAUGUGUUUAAAGCUGUUGUUCAGAAUUUACCAUACAACUUACUGUAUGACUUUUUCCCCUACAAUGGAACUUAUGAUGCACUUGUUCAGGAGAUUAGUCUCUCGACUUUUGACGCGGUGGUCGGGGACACAAAUAUUGUGGCUAACCGCUGCGCUUAUGCAGAGUUCUCACAGCCUUACUCUGACUCUGGUCUACAGCUGCUGGUCUACUCAAAGUCGAAAACAUCUGCUGCUAGAGCAUGGCUGUUCAUGAAGCCAUUCACAACAUGCACCUGGAUUUCCACGGCUCUUGUCAACUUAUAUAGUGGUUUUGUUGUGUGGUUCAUUGAGCGCCAGACAAAUAGAGACUUCGAAGGAAGUUGGUUCAAACAAUGUGGAACAAUCAUUUGGUUGGCCUUCACUACGCUCUUCACAUCUUUACAAGGUGACAAAUUGCAUAGCAACUUGUCUCGAAUGGCUGCAGUAAUCUGGCUCUUUGUGGCCUUAGCUAUAACUUCUAGUUACACAGCUAGUUUGACCUCGUUCCUCACAUAUCAGAAUUUUGAUCCGCCAGUGACUACUGUUGAAACAUUAAUAAGGACUGGCGCGAAAGUUGGGUGUAACGGUAAUUCUUUUGUCGUCAAAUAUCUGCAACAUGUGUUAGAUUUCGACCCACAAAACAUCGUGAGGAUAUACAAAGAGGAUGAUUAUCCCGAGGCCCUUAGGAGCGGACAGAUUGCUGCUGCUUUUCUCGAAGUCCCAUAUAUCAAACUCCUCCUUGCUAAAAAUUGCAAAGGCUUUAAGACCGGAGAGUCGUACAAAGUCGGAGGUUUUGGAUUUGUGUUUCCUAAAGAUUCUCCAAUGCUUACGGACAUUUCUCAAGCGGUUCUUAAUGUGUCAGAGAGUGGAACACUACGAAAGCUGGAGAAGACUAUGUUGGACUCAAACAAAUGUUCAGAAUCUGAUGACAAAGAUGAUUAUAGUCUUGGACUUGACAGCUUCUGGGGUCUCUUUGCGAUCACUGGAGGAGCCUCAACUAUAGCUUUUCUGUUCUAUUUCUUUCCUUGUCGCAUCCCAAAAUGGUCUGGUUUUAGCAGCAGAGUGUUCUCAGAAACAGAGCCCAAGCAUGAGACGCACAACCUACCAGGGAGAUUUGCUUCAUCACAACAUGAUCCGGACCAAGAUGAAAGAGUCUUAUUUGAUGCAGAAAUGAAAAACCAAUGACCAUCUCAACAACAGUUACUUUUUUUAGUAGCAUCACUUUCUUAGUUUGCUAGUGUAGCAAGUAGCAACAUAUUGUAGUGUCAUCAGUCAUGUGUACAGUGUAUCAGUGUAUGGUUAAAAGAAUGCUGGUAAAUUAUAUGUAGGGUGGAGUCCUGGAGGAUGGAGUUCAUGGAGAUUACAAAAAUUACAUCGGCUCUGGCUGGUUUGUCUC